UUUUAGUUUUAAAAAAUGUUUUCAUUUAUAGGGACAGAUCAUAUACGCAUAUUUGUAUUAGAUGAAGCAGAUGAAAUGCUUUCAAGAGGUUUUAAAGACCAAAUCUAUGAUGUUUUUAGGACACUCUGCUCAAAUAUACAGGUGAUUUUACUAUCGGCUACCAUGCCGGUGGAUGUACUUGAAGUUACUAAACGCUUCAUGCGUGAACCUGUCCGUAUUCUUGUGAAAAAAGAAGAAUUAACACUGGAAGGUAUCAAACAGUUUUAUGUUGGAGUUGAAAGAGAAGAUUGGAAAUUGGAUACUCUGUGUGAUCUGUAUGAAACAUUAACUAUAACGCAAGCUGUCAUAUUCUGUAACACACGGCGGAAAGUUGAUUGGUUAACAGAGAAAAUGCAUCAACGUGAUUUUACAGUAUCUGCAAUGCAUGGUGAUAUGGAUCAGAAAGAAAGAGAUGUCAUCAUGAGAGAGUUUCGUUCUGGUUCAAGUCGAGUAUUAAUUACUACCGAUUUACUUGCAAGAGGAAUAGAUGUUCAACAAGUUUCUUUAGUUAUUAAUUAUGAUUUGCCUACAAAUAGAGAAAAUUAUAUUCAUAGGUAAAAUUUUGGUUAUUGUAUUUG